AUGAUUCACUCUAUCGCAAUGUCUCCUGAGCCUGCUGACCAACAUCCCCCCUUGACGAGUCCGGACCGGCUUCAGAAGAUCGAUCGACUUCGCGAAAGGAAUAUCGGGACUUACCUACCGCUGCCACAACUCGUCGCCGUGGGUGAUCAGAGCUCGGGGAAGUCGUCCUUGUUGGAGAGCCUGACGGGAAUCCCAUUCCCUCGCGGCCAGGAACUUUGUACCCGCUACGCCACCCAGAUUACCCAUCGAAGGGAGGCACAGCAACGAAUUGAUAUCACGAUCAUUCCUGGACCACAUGCGUCGCAGGAUCACAAAAGAAGACUUGAGUCGUAUCACAGUCAGGUGCAGACGACUGCCCAGCUUCGGGCAGAUUUCCCCGAAAUCUUGGCACAGGCCAACGCUCUUAUGGGCAUCAGAACCAUUUUCAACACAGCUGGCGAGAACACCUUUUCCGAGGACGUGUUGAAAAUCGAGAAAUGUGGUCCAAGCGAAGAUUACCUUACCAUCAUUGACGUACCCGGUAUCUUUCGCACCACCACGGAAGGUGUCACUACGAACAAGGAUAAGGCACUCGUUAGGGAUAUGGUUCAAAGAUAUAUCAAGGACAGUCGCACCGUCAUCCUGGCAGUCCUUCCCAGCAAUGUCGAUGUCGCGACCCAGGAAAUCCUUUCUCUUGCAGAGGAGGCUGACCCGGCAGGUGACCGAACUCUCGGUAUCUUAACCAAGGCCGAUCUGCUGAAAGAACGGAGCGCCAGACUUGCCGUUGUGAGCCUGGUAGAAGGCAAACGAAAACCCCUCAAGCUUGGAUACCACGUAGUCACGAAUCGCGGGGGUGAUGACCACGGUGAAGAGAAAGAUGCGUUAGCUGCGCUGCGCGAGCGUGAGGCCAUCUUCCUAGAACAUCCUUGGGACAGCCUUCCGGAGGAUCGUUACGGCAUAUCAACCUUACGCGAGCGCUUGGAGGACCUCCUUGGCGAGAUCACCGAUCGUGCAUUUCCUGAGCUACGUAGUGAGACACGCCAGAGACUGGCAAAUGCCGAGGAGAAACUCAAGAGUCUCGGCGCGCCUCGCCAGACAGAGCGAGAGCAACAGCAAUAUCUCGUCGGCAUUGCAGGCAACUUCCAGUCUCUGGUUCGUGCCACGCUGAAUGCCGACUACUCGGCACAUCCAAUAUUUGAAAACAACACGUGCCGUCUUAUCACAGCCAUCAUCAACACGACGGACCAAUUCAACGCUAUUUUCGACAAGGACGGCCGCACGUACCUUUUCGAAAUAGAGCCGCAAGUCGAAAAUCCAGUUCCAAUUAAACCGAUUCCUCUCGUAAGCCCUGUGUUUUCGGCGCAAGAGGAGGAGAAGCAAGAUGAUACUGACCUGCAGCUUGCUAUGUUUGAUAUACCUCAUCCCGAGGCCUUCCCUGACCUGGACAGAAUCAUUGUGACGGAUUGGACCACUGAAUCUCCGAAAAAGGGUAUCAUGAAGUGGAUCGAGACUGUUUAUCAACGCUCCCGUAGCCUUGACCUUGGCUCACUCGGUCAUGGUGUUCUUUCAAGUGUUUUUCUUGAUCAAUCGACAAAAUGGGAGAUGAUGGCGAAGCAGUAUCUUAGCAAGGUCAUUCUCCUCAUCCAUAGGUUCAUCCUCGUGGCACUAGAGGCCGUCUGUAUAGACACUCAAGUGCUCCAAAGCGUUACAUCGGCCAUACUAAGCGACCUCUGCCUCAAGUAUGAAGCCGGAAUGAGCGAGGCGAUCUUUCUGGUCAACGUCGAACGGCAAAUCAGCCCGUACACGCUGAACCAUUAUUUCAACCAUAAUAAUCAACGCAGUCAUGGCGUGCGGAUCCAGGAAACGCUACGUUCCAUAGCCCGACACGAACAGUAUUAUGAGGGUACUUCUCUGCUCAUGGUUCCUCUGGACGAUGUUGCAGACGCAGUCACGAACAAGAGUAACACGGCAUACGCUAUAGAGACCAUCCACGAUACCCUCGAGGCCUACUACAAGGUGGCUUACAAGCGGGUCGUCGACAACGUCUUCAGGCAAGCAGUCCUCUUUAAGCUGCUCUUUGGCCCUAAAAGCCCACUGUGGCUGUUCUCAGAGCAAUGGGUCCUUAAUCUGGACCUCGAAAGGCUUCCUCUUGUGGCAGGGGAAUCUCGCCGGAUGAGGGACUAUAGGGAGAGAUUGAAGAAGGAGAUUCGGGACUUGGAGAUUGCGAUGGAGAUCCUGCGUUGA